GCGGCCGCGGCUGAGCGGGAGGCUGCCCGGCCGCCGCCGCCUCUCAUGCCUUCACGGCAACAAAGAACGCUCUGAGCGGCGGGGGAAGGCGCCGGGCCCCUGGCUGUACCCCGGCAGUGCCGGCGCGGAGGGCACCGAGAGACGAUGGCGAGGAAGGGCGAAGCCUCCGCACAUCUCUACGGUGAACCAAGGAAAUUUGACCCGAAGUUCAGAGGACCUGUUCAUAACAGGCACUGCACAGACAUUAUUUGCUGUGUGAUCUUCAUAGUUGUUAUUCUGGGUUACAUUGCAUUAGGAGUUGUGGCUUGGGUGCACGGGGACCCCAGGAAGGUGAUUUAUCCAACUGACAGCUAUGGGCAGUUCUGUGGUCAGAGAGAUACCCUCAAUCAGAACAAGACCAUUUUGUUUUACUUCAACAUUCUGAAAUGUGCCAGCCCUGUAGUGUUAAUAAACCUACAGUGCCCUACAACACAGCUUUGUGUCUCAAAGUGCCCAGACAGGUUUGCAACCUACAUUGAUGUUCAGGCUUCCUACAGAUAUAGACCAGAUCAGUGGAAUUACUUCAGACAGUUCUGCAAACCUGGUUUUAACAAUCCUCGCAAGUCUGUUGCUCAAGUCCUGCGUGAUGAAGAUUGCCCUUCGAUGAUCAUUCCAAGCAGGCCUUUUCUGAAGAGAUGCUUCCCAGACUUCUCCACGAAGAAUGGUGUGUUGACCGUGGCAAAUCAGACUACAUUCAAAGAUGGAAGAGGGAAAACAAGAAAUGUAACUGAUCUCAGGGAAGCUGCAAAUGGCAUCAAUAAUGUCCUGGAUGCAAGAUCAGUUGGAAUGAAAAUUUUUGAAGACUAUGCCAUUUCUUGGUAUUGGAUUUUAAUUGGACUGUUCAUUGCAAUGAUGCUGAGUCUGCUGUUCCUUGUGUUAUUGAGGUUCACAGCUGGGGUUCUCUUCUGGAUUUUCAUCUUUGGUGUGAUUGGAAUUAUAGGUUAUGGCAUCUGGCAUUGUUACUGGGAGUAUGAUCAUCUUAAAGGAAUACCUGGAUCUGACCUCACUGUUUAUGAUAUUGGAUUCCAGACGGACUUCAAAGUGUACCUGCAACUGAGGCAAACAUGGUUAGCAUUUAUGAUAAUACUUUGUGUUGUUGAGGUCAUAAUCAUACUGAUGCUGAUCUUCCUAAGAAAUCGGAUUCGGAUUGCUAUUGCACUGCUGAAGGAAGGUAGUAGGGCAAUUGGCUAUAUAAUGUCUACACUGUUCUACCCAAUCGUCACCUUCUUACUCAUUGCCAUUUGUAUUUCCUACUGGGCUGUGACAGCUGUUUUUUUGGCCACAUCUGGAGAACCUGUGUAUAAAGUAAUGGCUAAUCAAACACUGUGCAAGUAUGCAAACCUGACUUGUGAUCCGGAGACUUUUAACACAACCAACGUGACUAAAUUAUGCCCAGGUGCUCAAUGUACUUUUGCUUUUUAUGGAGGAGAAAGCCUGUACCAUAAGUACAUCUUCAUCUUCCAGUUAGCCAAUGCCUUUGUCUUUCUCUGGCUGGUGAACUUUGCAAUUGCACUGGGUCAGUGUACCCUUGCUGGUGCCUUUGCCUCUUAUUACUGGGCCUAUCGAAAACCAGCUGAUAUUCCACUGUGGCCACUCUUCUCUUCAUUUGGACGAGCAAUACGAUACCAUACAGGUUCGCUGGCAUUUGGAGCCUUAAUUCUUGCAAUUGUCCAGCUUAUUAGAGUAAUACUGGAAUACCUGGAUCACAAACUGAAAGGUACUCAGAACUCCUUCACUAGAUUCCUACUCUGCUGCCUCAAGUGCUGUUUCUGGUGUUUGGAAAAAUUCUUAAAAUUUAUAAACAGAAAUGCCUACAUCAUGAUUGCCAUAUAUGGUAAAAACUUCUGCACCUCGGCAAAGGAAGCAUUCUUUUUGCUCAUGCGGAAUGUGGUGAGGGUUGCAGUUCUGGACAAAGUUACAGACUUCCUUCUAUUUCUGGGGAAAAUCCUUGUCGCUGGUGGUGUAGGUGUUCUUGCAUUCUUUUUCUUCACACAGAGAAUACCAGUCUUUGCACAGGAAGUGCCAAUGCUAAAUUACUACUGGGUACCAUUGUUGACAGUCAUCAUUGGCUCCUACCUAGUUGCACACGGGUUCUUCAGUGUCUAUGCAAUGUGUGUCGACACGCUCUUCCUCUGCUUUUGUGAAGACCUGGAAAGAAAUGAUGGAUCUACAGCAAAACCCUACUUCAUGUCAGCUAGCCUCCACCGAAUUCUAGGGAAGAAGAAACUAAGCCCUAAGAAGGCAUCAGGAUAAUGAACACUAAACCUCAACAUCAAAAAGUGUCACUUUUAAGCAAAACCUGUAUAAAGUAGGCAAAAGUAAAAACUGUAAAUGAUG